UGUUGAUAUCGGCGCUGUUAAUACCUCGCGGCUAACGUCUGCAUUUCUUCCUGCGAGUUUGUUUCUCUGUCUCCUGUUGUGCGCUUGUUUCGUGAUUUGUGCUCUGCUUCGCGUGGUCGAUAUCUUCAGCCUUCACAUCUUACCUUAACGAGCACAGCAUGCCUCAACAGCCGGGGGAAGUGUCUUUGUUGACGCUCUUCGCGGACGUUCACUACUUCUUCAGCCCGCCUUCCGCAAAGCCUCCCCACCAUGCCUUUGACAAGUCCUCCUAUGUAUACCUCUACCAUAACCCUAUCCACCAGCGAGGGAGGCUGGAGGUAGCAAAUCAUGCUGGGACACCUGAGCAAACUGCCUUCUCUGGCUUCACUGACUCGGUGCGAGUCGAGCAAUCAUAUAAGCAUCCUACUCUCUUCACCAUCACAGUCGAUGCCUUCCGGGGCCAAGGGAAAAGUGCGUCCUCGAGCCCACAGCAAGACCUGUCUCAGUGGCACCUCCCGGCUCCAGAUCCUCGGAACGACGGCAAAUACAUGUAUAGACUGCAUACUGUGGAGUUCUACUUCUGGACCGCUGACGAUGCGACCAUGUUCCUUGAUUCUUUGAAGAGGGUUCUUCAGCCUCAUCAGUUACAGAUCCUUGAAGCGCCGACUGCUGUUUCGACAGCUCCCCAGGAGCAUAGAGAUACUACUAUGAGCCCGGUAGUGGAGAAGCUAGAACAAGCCGCAAUCUCAAGAAACUACCCGGCUCGGAGUGCUAGUAUCAGCACAACGCAGUCGUUCAAUGGGCCACCGACUGUACCCACUCCGGCUAGUACCGUAGCCAGUGGGCCGCAGCAUGAGGCUCCCGCAAGCUUCGCGCCCAUGGCAUACAAUCCCGCCGCUCCUGCAGCACCGGAACCUAUAGCCCACCGCGAGAAGACUCCUCCUCCACCUGACGCAGAAGCUGGGACUGGUUUGACUGCAGCGGCAAUUAGUGACCAUCAGGGCCAAUUCGGCGCUCCGCCUUACCACCAGAACUCGUUUGCGCCUCAAGCUACCAACCAACCGUAUAUGCCUGGGCCGCCUUCACGACAGCCCACUCAAACUUUCCCAGGACCGCCCGCUCCCGGUAUUCAACGAUCAAACACGUCUGGGUCGUUUCCACCACCACCCCCACAGAGCUCGAGCGCCGGUCCUCCGCAGGGCCAAGGCUACGCUCAUUCAUUCGCGCCGCCUCCCCAAGAAGCGCCACCGCAGCCCGGCAUACAUCGUCAAGCGACUAUGCCUGCGUCCGUGUCCCAGCAAUACGCCAACUAUCCAGCAUCGCCUGGAUACGCUCCUGUUCAGUCCCCGGGCCACCCGCCAACGCCUGGCCAGAUGACACCGGGCUACGUUCCAGCUCCAGGCUAUCCGGCUGCACAGUCACCGGGCUUCCCUCCCCAGGGAGCGCAUCCGCAGUAUGCCUACGGUCAAACAGCAGACCAGUACGGCAUCCACAACUCCAUGCACACGCAGCUCUACAGACCCACGGAAAGCGAGGCCAAUCACGGGAAACAGCCUGCUGUGAUAGGGCCCGGUCCGGGCGUACAGCCAGGUAACUUCGAGCGCCGCACCGAGAAAAUCGAAAAGGGCGUGGGCCGGUUCCUGAAGAAGCUGGACAAGAGGAUUUGA